CAUAUAUUUAUUUUCAGUUUGACUUUAUCUUGUGGUUGCUAAAUUAUUGAAGCAAAGAUGGGGAAGAAGAGCUUCUUGGGCAUGGAGACUACUGAUUCAUCAUCAGUGGCGAGUGAUCUGAUAGGUUCAGAUUUGAAGGAGCUUGGAAUGGCAGCCAAGAAGCUGGCAAAUCAUGCCAUCAUGCUUGCUGGUGGGCUUGGCUUUGGGACAUCAUUCCUUUCCUGGGUUGCUUCUUUUGCUGCAAUUUAUCUGUUGAUUCUGGAUCGGACCAACUGGAGGACCAACAUGCUCACAACUCUCUUGAUUCCUUACAUCUUCUUCUCUCUUCCUUCAUUGAUUUUCAGCUUUUUGAGGGGAGAUGUGGGCAAAUGGGUUUGUUUGAUUGCUGUUAUCAUUCGCCUAUUCUUCCCCAGACAUUUCCCAGAUUGGUUAGAAGCCCCGGCAGCUCUGAUCCUUCUGAUCGUGGUCGCUCCCGGGAUGUUUGCAGACACACUGAGGGGCAUGUGGGUUGGUGUGGCAAUUUGUUUGAUUAUUGGGUGCUAUUUGCUGCAAGAACACAUCAGAGCCUCUGGUGGGUUCAGAAACUCCUUCACCAAAGCCCAUGGCAUCUCAAACACUGUUGGAAUUGUCCUCCUGUUGGUAUAUCCUGUCUGGGCUCUGGUUCUUUACAUUCUGUGAGUCAAAAAACACCAAAUCAGAACCAUUUGUGAUUGCCAUUCAUGUAGUUUGCAGUGUGCAAAUACACAAACUCUAUUUGUCCCUUUCAGAAAUUUGCCAGUUUCUGACUUCCUAUUAUAGUCUUCCUGUGAUUUUCCUAUUCUAAUCUCUAUUAGAUUCUCCCAUUAUAUAUAUCCCUGUAAUCUGUAUCUUUGAAUCAUCUCAUCCGAUACAAUUCAUUCAGUUCUCAUCAUUUCCA